AUGUCCGGCCCCAACAUGGAUAAUGAUUUCCAGCUUUUCUCUCCGCGGAACACCGACGGAGAUGAGCCGCGAGGAAACAACCAGAUGUUUACGCAUCCGGCUGGAGAGAAUGUAAACCAAGAUUGGACCCAGUGGAUGCGAUGGGACGAGCCCAUGUUCACCGAGGGAGAUCAGAAGCCGACGGGCUCAUCCGUGGAUUUGCCAUCUAUCUCUCCCCAUACGGACAUGAGCUCUCCGACUCAUUUGAAUCACAAAGACUUCUCACCCAACCUGCCUCUUGGCUUGAUGGAGAUUCCGCCUGGAUCCAACGGACGAGGUAGUAUGGGUGGAUACCAGAAUGGUUACCCGGAUCAGAACUGGCACAUUAACCAACCGCAACACUCGGGAUUAGUUUCUCCCAUUUCAAGUGUUGGAACGAACCGCAAGCGCAAGACUGGAAGCGACGACGAUGCAACAACAGUGACCGGUCCCGUGCAACCCGGCAAGAAGAUGCCAGCUAAGAAGCGCGCUCACAAUGUCAUUGAGAAGCGAUAUCGCGCCAACUUGAACGACAAAAUUGCCGAACUACGUGACAGUGUGCCUAGCCUUCGGUCGACUAAGGGCUCGAAUGGAGGAUCGCCCGACGAGGACGAGGAAGCGGAAGGAACGACCAAUGCGAGCAAGCUAAACAAGGCAUCGAUUUUGUCUAAGGCCACCGAGUAUAUCAAGCAUCUCGAAACUCGCAACAAGCGCUUGGAGGACGAAAACACCGCCUUGAAGAAUCGUCUUCGCCAGGCCGACAAGGCGGCAGAUCAGGCCGUCACAUCAUCCGCUUCAGUCUCAUCGCCCAGCAAUUAUGCCUCAACGGACCCAGACUCUGGUAGCUCGCCAAGUGUCUUCUCGCAAGCCGAUGAAAAUACAGCCGAGAGCUCACCUACCUCGCAAAACCCCCCAGAGGGACUCCUUCCCGUGCCAGACUCAUGGAAGCGCAUGCGAGCCCAAACUGCCCAGCAGGGAGCCUUUGCCGAGUCCUACAUCAAAUAUCCAUCUUCCUCCUCACCCCACCAACCGCAAUUCGCGAAGGAAGAGAAAUCUACUCGACGAUCAAAGAUGCCUAACAAGUACAUGCUGGGUGCUCUGGCUGGUCUGAUGGUUCUUGAGGGUCUGGGAUCUGACGAUUCUGAGACUGAAUCAAAGGGGCUGUUUGCACUUCCCUUCCGCCUGCUCAGUCGUCUUCAGACACCCACCAUGGCACACUGGGAAUUCUACUUGAAAAAUUUCUGGUACUCAUGGCAGGCGCGUGCUUUCUCUCAUUUCCUUGGCUUGGCCACGCUGGUCGUUGGCUGUGCUUUCAUCGUUUUCCUUUACCUAUUCAAUGCCCAGCCUAUCGCGCGACGAGGCCCGUCAAAGUCCGUCUCCGAGUGUCCAGCUGCGCUUCUUACUUCUAGUGACUUCCGCCGACAAGCUUGGUUGACAAGCAUGCAACGGGCGGGUGUCCCACGCCACAGAUUCUUCCGAGAGUGGUACGUGGUCACUUCUCGAUGCUUCGAAUACGUUUUGCGUUGCUUCAUGGGUUGGAAGAUCUACUCAUGGGCCACCGGUAUUACCGAGGAAGAUGAGAAAGGACGAGUCAAGACCUGGGAUAUCGCCAUUGACGCCCAGCUUACGGGCGGAGAUGCCGAGAUCAGCAAGAGUCGACUUGUCCUCACCAUUUUCGCCGCCGGAACACUCCCCUCUACUCCUACUCGAAUGAUCAUUAAGGCUUUGCACGUCCGCAUUCUCCUGUGGAAUGUUGGAGAAGCUGGUUCUUGGUCUUUCCAUAUGUCUAACGAUAUCGCCCGAGCUCUUGCCAGGUUCCAAUGGGGCGUGGCUCGCGAGAUCAACGACUCACUUCCUGACGGGCAUCCCGAUCAGCUCCCUCCUCAUCUUGCUGCUCUUGUCCAGUUGGAUUGCGAUGAUGUCAUGAUCGACAACAUCAUUCAGCGUGCUGUCAAUCUCACCUGGAACCGACCUACUCAAGAAGGCACUGGCGAUGAUGAGGUGCUCCUUGAUGUUGUAGAUGAAGACCCAGCGAUUCAGUGCUCCCAGGACGCGCUUGCAGCCUGGUGGUCGAGCCAUUUGUUGCAGAUCGCUUUGCUCAAUUAUUUCGAAGCCAGUGAGAAGGGUCCGGUGUCCAAGGCAUCUCGCGAUGCUUUCAAGGAGAAGAUUCGCAUGUCUCUUGAUGUCGCACCUCGCCUUUCUGCUGCGUAUACUCGCGCUCUUGUUAUGAAAGCUGUCUUUUUUGAACAGAACCGCAUUGAGAAUGUGAGCGCAGUCCUGGCUGCCCUCCCAAAGGAAAAAAGGAAGGGAAGCCAAAGCCAUUCUUUCAACUUCAUCGAUUCAUCCCUACCCGUUUCCGUGCGCGAUGAGAUUUCCAUCGCUGUGCGUUGUGCUAUGAUCGCCGCCAUUGUUACCGCUCGAUCCCCUGGCGGUGACGCUGCUUCACUUCCAGAAUCCUUCACCAUCCAAAAGGCUAUCACCUGGUUCAAUCAACUUCCCAUUGAUCCUGUCGAGCUGUCAUUACUGGGCUUCUCAUCUGUUUACCAUCUCCUCCACCUUCUUGCCUCAGACGUCGAUUACAUCGCGUCCUCCGAUUCCUCCUCUCCUUCCGCUGGUGCCUCCGAGGCCACUUCCUCCGCAGACGACGAAGCGGAGGAAAAGCCCCGGCCAGCCCGCAAGCUUUCUGUAUGUCCCCGUGACAUCCCCAACAUUGGACAAGUAUCUGCAGAGCUUGUCUAUUGGGCCCGUCAUGCCUAUAACCCUGCGUUCUACGGUUUCUCAUCUACCCUUGUCAACGUCAUUGUGAAUUCCUGCACAGCAAUCUGCCAAAAUGCAGGACUCAACAUCGAUGACUUUGUGCACACCAAAUCCGACAAGGCUCUCUCCAAGAAGCGCCGCUCUCGCCGGCGCAGAGGAGAGUCACAGUCUUCCCAAAGCGAUGCCGACCAAGAUGUGGUCGACUCGCCAGCUGAGCGACCCCACCUUCGCCGCGAGCGAUCCGCUAGCAAUGACACGGGCUAUGGCAGUCUUUCAUUUGAAGAGGAUAGCAAGUAUUUUGCUAACGUCUCUACCAAUGUGCCCGAAAUUGCAAUUUGA